AUGACGUGAGGGCAUUAUAUAUAGCUCGUGCAAUACUAGAUAGAUCUUUCUGAUUUUUUACUCUGGACUUUGAAAGAUCUGGUAGAUAUUUAGUCGGCGUUUUACGUCGUCCUCAAGCACUUCCCAGACGAUACCAGCAAGCCAACAUGGCCAACCUCGUGCAGGGCUUUUUCGCAUAUAUUUCUAUUGUCGGUCCGCCGACUGUUUUGAUAUUCGUGGUAGUGUUGUUGUUAAGUCUGUGGAUGCUGUCGUCGAGGAAUCCUCGGGUGAACUGGCCGCCCGGACCUGUCUGUUUCCCCGUGGUGGGAUGUCUCCCACAGCUGAUGAUCAUCGGUAGGAGACGGCAACCGACAGAUCUUUUUCCAUGGUAUGAAAAAUACGGAGAUAUCAUGCACGUCAGAAUUGGUGAACAACACAUGAUAAUGUUGGGGUCUCAUGAGCUGAUCCAAGAGGCGUUCGUGAAGAAUGCGGCCACAGUCAGUGCUAGACCUACGUGGACAUAUCUUCUUAAACAUAUAGUCGGAAAGGACGGGGCUGGAGUUCUAUUAAAAUCCGGGCACGCAUGGAAAGAGCUGAGGAGAUUCACGCUCUCGUCUCUCCGAGAUCUCGGCCUCGGGAGAAAAAGUCUACAAGAGAGAAUUCAGGAUGAGGCAAGAUUCUUGGUGCAAAACAUUGAAGAUGAAAAUGGAAAGCCUUUCUCUCCAAGGUUCAAGAUCUCAAAAGCUGUCAGCAACAUUAUUUCUAUCGUUGUAUUUGGAACAAGAUAUGAUUACAAUGACACCCCAGAAAUGCUUCCAGUUUUGGAAGAACUAAUGCAAAUUGGGGAAGGGGCACUCACCCUUACCGACUUGGCACGGUUCUUUCUACCGCUGAAGAAGAUAUUUGCUCUCAUUGACAAGUUUUAUUCUCUGGUACGACAAGAAGUCGAACGACACCGCCAGUCUUUUGAUCCAACUGACAUCCGGGACUUUAUUGACCUCUUCAUAAAGGUCACCCAAGAGGGACAAGACCCCGAGAUCUACACAGAAUGGAACGUAUUCCGAAUCAUUAUUGAUCUUUAUUUGGCCGGGACCGACACAACGUCUAACACUUUGAGAUGGUCCCUCAUCCACAUGGUGAAUCAUCCAGAUGUUCAGAAGAGGGUGCAACAGGAAAUUGAUCAGGUCGUAGGUCAAAGUCGUGUUGCCAAGAUGGAAGACAAGGCCAGGAUGCCGUUCACAGAAGCAGCUAUCUUGGAAAUCUUUCGUAUGUCAACUGUCGCUACCCUGGGAGUUCCACAUGCCACCAGUGAAACUACAAAAUUGGGAGGAUACACCAUUCCCAAGGGAACGGUAAUACUGGGAGAUUUGUACCGGGUACUUCACGAUAAGAACAGCUUCGAGGAGCCUUACAAGUUUAAACCAGAAAGAUGGCUGGAUGGCGACGGUAAAGUGAUCAAGUCCGACAAACUGAUACCGUUUUCUAUGGGACCUCGUCUUUGCCUGGGCAAGGGGCUGGCCGAAAUGGAAUCGUUCAUUUUCUUCACCACGUUGCUUCAGAAUUUUACGUUCAAGGUACCAGAGGGCGAGAAACCUCCGGAUGGAGUAAAAGGUUUCAACGCAGCCACCUUUUCACCAUACGACUACAACGUGUGCGCUGUUAGACGCUAAAAUGAAGACACACGGGCCCAAAGGACAAAGCGACGUGCGUGCACAAUAUAGGACAGCGCCAGACAAUUUUAAUACUUCAUGUUACUUCUUUUUGUCAAUACAUAUUUUUUUUAGUAAAGGAAAAGAUAUAACUCUGUCAUGUUUCUGUUCAGUCGCUUAUUGUAGUUGUUCUUAGGGUAUUAUUAUCUUUUUCGUCUUUUGUAAUUUUUCCUAGCAGAUUACACCCGGGCUCCGAAACUGGAAAGCAUCACGAAUUGCGAAUAGCGAUAUCACCUUUUGUCUCGAGGCUUUUAUAUGGGGCUAGUAAAUCCCGAGUUAUGGAAUACAGAUGCUGGCGCUUGAUCGCAUUUCGCGAUGCUUUCGAGUCACGGAGCCUUGACUGAGGUAGUUGCUUUUGCUUGUCCGCUAUAUUUAGGGCAGUUUUAAAAAGGAUGUUUUACACGAGAAGAGGUCUUAUUUCAAAAAGAUCCCGGAUGAAAUUGUUACAUAUUUACAAUGUCAGAGCAAUUUAAUAUGUAAGAAAUCUACAAAACAUCUACGUAAUUAUUAACCCACAAAGCCCACUUACAUUUUGUACUUUCACCAGGACAAGACGACAAUUACACUGCGAAGUGCUCAAUACAAAAAUGUUAUGUGAGCAAAUUUAUAACUCUGAGACAUUCAUAAACUUUAAAAAACACCUUAUGUACUUUUAAACAUGUUAUAAACCACAUUGUUAGAAAUAAAAUAUAACGGCACUACUGUAAAUAUCAUUUUAAAUAGAUUUUAGUAUUCAUUAUGUCAUUUAUAAUGAUAGGAAUGUUUUGUAACUGUAACAUCGAUAUACA